GCAAGCAAAACUCCCAUCUGCAAACUGCCCACACACGUCAGAGGGCAUAACUUUUACAUUUGACCUGUCGAGGUUGAGUUUUACAUCAACUCAAACCAGAGAUGUACCAUGGUUUGAUCACAUAGGAUUAAUAUAACUAACCGGGGGGUUAAAUGCUUCAUAGGUUUAAAUGGCUUCAAUGGAGAGAAAACAUGAGCAUGCCUGCCCAUUUAUCAUGAGGAAUAGCGCCUCGAAGAGAACAAGUGCAGAAAUCGUCAGUGAAGCGAGACAGUACCUACGCACCCUACACACCCAGCGACCAUUCACCCCCAGAGACGGACACAGGCAUCUGUUUGGGGAGAGCUCAGCUCAUGUGAACAGUGAUGGCAGACCUCCUUCCACUUUCAGUCUUCAUGCUCGAAAUUUUGAUGCCCCUGACUCUAGACCUGGUUCAGGAAUUCGCCUCUCCCCUCUAGACUAUAAGCCGAAGUUGGUUGCCCCCUACAGUGUUGAGGAGCCGGUCAAAGCGCAUCCCAAACCCCCCUGUGACCCUCUGGAGGUGAAGAGGGGGGCAGCAGCAGGGGCACGCGCUCGCUUCCUCAGGACAAGCUCUCUCACCACACUGCCACCUACAGAGCGAUCUACAGAGGAGAAGAAGAGAUCCACUCCAGCACAAAGGCAACAGUCUGCUAAAGGAGAGGGCAGGACACCCCCUGACACAGACCACACUGAGCUCCACAGUGGUCCCCCAAAAACAGGCCCACACAGAACAGCAAAUGAAGGCAGACCAAUGCGGCCUGAUGUUGACCUACCAGUAACAGAGUGGGGAGCAGGACUCCUAACAGGGCUGGGGAACGGUGAAAGUACAGCAAGCCGUAAAGAGGAUGCACAGUCAGCGGUCCGGAAUGAUAAAAUUCUACCCCUGCUCCAGGAGCUGGAGUCUCUGGCUGCAGGCAGACCCGAGGACUCGGUGGAUCGUCUUUGUGAUUUGUGCAACCAUCUUCAUGUGGUCCUGGCAGAGCAAAACAUGCUUGGCCGCCGCUGUGAUCAAAGGGCCGGGAUUCUCCGAACACUGUUUCGCCUCAUUGACCUCAAUUCUGCCCAGCUCAGCCUGCACAUUGCAAAACUCUGCCUAGCCCUGUGCGUCAGUGGAAAUAACCUGUUGAACAUCUGCAAGCUCGUUUUCAAAAUCAGCCGCAGUGAAUGCAAUGAUGUCCUAUUCCAGAACAACUCCAUCAUAGACUCCCUGCUGGGUGUCCUAUGCACCGAGGAUGUGUGUGCAUCCGGGGAAGCCCUUCUGUACUGUGUUGGCUCUCUGAAAUUUCUAUCUGGAAACACCACCCUCCUUGGACUCCUAUUGGCCAAGAGUUUUAUGAGUGUGGCCCAGCAGCUUAUCCAGAGGCUCUACCCACUCUCCAAGCCUGGACACAUUCACUUCACCAUGGCAGGACACAUCCUUGUACAGUUGACAGCGACUCUGCGAAACCUUGCUGACCACCCAAAGUCCCAUCCCCUCUUUGUCUCCCACUCCCUGCUAUCAGAACUUUGCAUGGUGCUGCAACAUCAUGAUGAAGAUGAGGACAUUUGCACCAACAUUGCUAGAAUAUACAGUAUACUCUCCUCUUACUCCGAGUGCUGCCUGGCGCUGACCCAGACCCCUGGCUGCUACCAACUAUUUAUAGAACUGCUGAGCAAACACAAGCGGAAACAGGACCUUGUUGUGCGCCUCCUUUUCACCCUGGGGAACCUCACAGCCAAGAGCGACGAGGCUCGGGAGCGGCUCUUCAGAUGCCAAGGCUGCGUUGACACACUCCUCCGGCUGUACCGCCGCUACCAGUGGACAGGCAACUCACACACGCGGCGCCCCGUUCCAGAAAAAGCCCCCCGGCCGGCCGACAAGCCUUGCACCCCUGCUGCGGGUUCUGCGGAGGCCGAGGACGUGCUGGUGAAGCUGGUCAGGGUGGUAGCCAAUAUGUGCAUCCACCCUGCCGCCGGCCUGUCACUGGCCUGCGACGCGGCCUGCACUCAGCUGCUGGUGGAGACACUAGAGCUGAGGUCUGUGCCAGAGAGCAAGGAGCUGCUGGUGAACGUGGCUGCCACCAUCAACAACCUGUCCUUCUACCAAGCUGACAGCUCUGCAGUCAGACAGAAGCAACUCAGCAUCGCCAAACUGGUGCUGAAGCUGCUGCUGUGUUGCAGUAGUGAUGCAGUACUUGAGGCUGUUCGUGUCUAUGGGAACCUGUCGCAGUCCAAAGCUGUACGGGACUUCAUCAUGCAAAAUAAAGUCUACCAGUUUGUCGUGGCUCUGCUCGACUCUGAAAGCUAUGAGGUAUGUUUCUCAGCCUGUGGGGUCCUCACCAACUUGGCCCUGGAUCCCCCCAACAGGGUUACCCUGUCACUAGAGGGGGCUGCUGUCAAGCUAACAGACUGUCUUAGAGACUUUGCACCAUGGGACUGGCAGCUGGCAGGACAAGUGUGCCAGACCCUGUGGAACCUCACAGAAUCUAGUGGCCCAGAGAGAGACCUCCUUGUCAUGCUGGGCACCAAGGAAAGAGAGACACUUUUGGAGCUUCUCACUGCAUACUCAGAUGAAGCACAAGCUCUACAGUGGAUGGAUGACGUUGAAACCAGGGAUUUCCACAGGGCAUGCUGGGAGAUGGAGUUCCUCCCAGUAGCUCAGAAACUGAAGAACAGGCUCCACCUGUGGACUGACUGAAAUUCACAGAAACAAAAGUACCCCAGGAGAUCCCCUGGAUGUCUCCUUUAUCGUAAUGUAGGCUCUGCACAGAAACCUUCUGAAUACCAUUUGAGCUUACUGAAUAACAUGAUCACAUUUUUUAUCAGCCUCAAUCUGUGAAAGGUAUGUUUUAUAUCAAACUGAAUUAUCGGACAAAAAGACAUGUACAUGUUUGGAUUGUCAGCCGUUUUGUUUUUAAUUCUGCAAAAUAUUGACUAUAAAUAUUUUCUGCAGCAUAUCAAAAUGUGUCACAAAUGCAGCUUCCAACUAAGUUGUGCCUUUAGUUGCAGUUUCAUCCUCCAUAUCAAUAUAAUUUGGAUGUUACAUUUACUUUAUUUAUGGUUCAUGUUUUCAUUAAAUGCUUGUAAAAGCAUUAGUUCUGUGCAUUCAAGCAUAUUGUGCAGCAAAUUUUUGCACAUUGAAAUAAUCCAGUUCAUUUUGACUGUUUUUGUUGUGUAUUAUGAUUGUAAACGGGCUUUUAUGAUGAUCUUGUCAUGGAAACAAUGGACCAAGAAGGACUGUACCUCAUAAGCACGUGACACGUUUCAUUUGAGUUCUGCGGAACUUGUACUCCCAGGUAAUAAAUCACAACGUACGUUAGACAAUGUUGUCCGAAACAUUUUGCUUCUCAAAGCCUUUAUUAUAACACAGAUAUGGGGCCAGGCAGUGCUUACAAGUUACACCACGUAAGGUACAGCGUUUAAAAAUUACAUUGUCAUAACAUCAAUACAAAUCAGAGACGGCACUUAAUGUAAAGUUCCCCCCACCUCACUUCCUGGGUUUUCAUACAACAGCGACCUCACAACAAUCACAAAACAAGCCAACGUUUCAUUAGCCAGAGUUAGUAACACACAUCGUCUUCCACAUCGAAUUUCUGCUCUUAAUAUGAACAUGACGGCUGGCUGGCUGAUUAUGAGGCUGCAAGAUUAAGUUUCACCUGUUUGCACAUUGUGAGGGGAAAGUCACCAAAUCGUAAAGGCAGUCGUUUUGUCAUUGGAAAAAAAUAAAAUAAAAUAAAGAUAACGCUGAGAUUCUGCUGGUGAUCAUCUAUUGAAAGAGCUACCCGACUCCCUGAUUGGAAAACACCCCCGAAGGUUCAAGACAAGAUUGCCAGCCCCGCUCAUCCUCGGUGAACGGAGGUCGAAGGAUGACAGCAACGAGGCAAAAACUGAGGAGGAACUCUGAAGAGUACCUGAUAAUCCCUCUCAUGUAAGGGUCUGGUCAGGAGCAUCGUCUCCGGGACGAAGGAGAAACACUGACCUCGGCUGGGAUCGAUCGGGGUUGUUAGGUAUGAAUCACACGAUUCAGGGGCUUAUGCAGUAACUGAAAUUCACAAGAAAGGCUCUGAGCUGUUCAGAUGAUACAAACUGAACCAUUCCCCUGAGUUCAGCAUAGUAUUUUUUGUGUGUGAGUAAUAUCAGACUCGAUUAUGUUGAAAGAACUAGCUUUACUUUGGAUACACGGUCCAAGGAGAACAUUCCAUGUCAGGAGUUGUAAGUUGCAUAAAAGUGUGCAAAACCGUAUGGGUGGCGGUUUAAUCGCCACAGACCACUGUGAUAUCCUACACCCAUGUUAAGUGGGUGUGCCAGCAGCAGAUCUGAUUGUGCUACGACUGCUCGAUUCCUGAAUAUGUGCAGGCCUUUCCAUAUGCAUGAUCUUGUUUGUAUUUGUUGAAGCAAUGAAAGCAAACCGUUUUGAGAAAACUACAAAUGAUACACAAUGAUUCAAUAUCGUGUUUUAUUUUUUUCCUUUCGUUUUUUUUUUCGUAUAAAAAAAGUGUCAGUAACUGACAUCAGUCAGAAGUUUGAUAAAACCUCCACUUCCUCUCACGACAACCUCCAAAUGAUGUACCAUUCUAUUGUCAACACCGCCGCCUUCCUCCUCCUCCUCUCAUAUCAAACAGUCAUUCAUCUGUCCAACCGUCUCGACCCUCCCUCAGAAGAAUGCAGUACUUUACUGGUUUUAGUAAACAAGAACAAAACAGCGGUGGCCCCAUGCGGCCCCCCCGAUUCAAAAUAAACAAGCUGCUUUUGCACUGGUUAGGUUCUCCCCACCCGAGGAGACAAGCACAGCUACAACCUUCCGCAUUCGACGGUGGGCCCCCCUGCGUGGACCGGCCCCGCUCCACCCCGCCGGCAGCAGGGA